AUGUCGUCACGUUAUUUUACUGACCAGAGUACUGGUAUGGUACUAUUGUCAGGAAAUUCACAUCCAGAUUUAGCAAGAUUAGUGUCAGAACGUUUGGGAAUAAAUCUUGGAGAAGCUGUCGUUUACAACAGAACUAAUCGUGAAACUUCAGUUGAAAUCAAGCAGAGUGUUCGUGCAAAACAUGUAUUCAUACUUCAAUCUGGUUCAAAAGAUGUUAAUAACAACAUAAUGGAACUCAUGAUUUUGGUAUAUGCAUGCAAAACAUCGAUGGCAAAAACGAUAACAGUGGUAAUGCCAUAUUUGCCUUACAGUAAGCAGUGUAGAAUGUUAAGACGGUCAUCAAUACCAGUGAAACUUAUUGCUGAUAUGAUGUGCAGAUCUGGAGCUACACGAAUAGUUUCUCUAGACCUAUAUCGAAAAGAAAUUCAAGGAUUUUUUUCAGUACCUGUUGACAAUUUACGCGCAUCACCUUUUUUGUUGCAAUAUAUAAGAGAAAAUAUACUAGACUACAAAAAUGCUAUUAUUGUUGCGAAGAAUCCAGGCGUCAUGAAUAAAGCAACAUCUUAUGCUGAUCGCCUACGAUUAGGUGUUGCUGUUAUACACGGUGAACAGAAGGAUGUUGAAGAAAGUGGCUUAGAAGAUGGUAGACAAAGUCCACCGCUUGAUGGACCGCCAAACGAGAGUCUUACUGCUUUUGAAUUGUUUCCUACUCAAGUUGCAAAAGAAAAACCUCCACUAACAGUUGUUGGAGAUGUGGGUGGACGCAUAGCGAUUAUGGUGGAUGAUAUAAUCGAUGAUGCGCAGUCUUUCGUCGCAGCUGCUCAAGUGUUAAAAAAUCGUGGUGCUUAUAAAAUUUACGUCAUUGCAACACAUGGAUUGCUAUCAGCUGAUGCUCCUGGUCUUCUUGAAUCAUCUCCUAUUACUGAAGUAAAAUUUUCUCUGCAAGGUUUGGGUAAACUAGUACCUCAUGAAGUGCAAAAGUUGCGUUGUCAUAAGAUCAAAACAGUCGACGUGUCAUCUAUAUUGAGCGAAGCAAUUAGACGCAUUUAUCACAAUGAGUCGAUGGGACAAAUGUUUCGUGGUAUAACAAUUGGGGAUUAG